UACAUAUCAUAAACCGUCUCCUUUCUCCUCCUCGGUUCCUUGGUGGCUUUUCUCUCGAGAAAACAUGUCAUAUUAUCAGCGAAGAUAUCGUCGAGAAAGUUAUGGACAUGGAGGUCCAAGGAUGAGUCGUCCAAACUUUCCCCAAAGGGUAGUCGAUGAUACUGGUUCGUCAUGGCAACCCUUGCCUGCAUGGGAGCGAAGAUUCUGCGUAGUAGUGGGUGCAAUGCCCUGGAAAAGAUUUGUGCAAGCAAAGAACAAUCUAUAUCGGACUGACAAGGUUUAUGAAUGGAAUGAUUCGGCUGGGAAAAAGGCUUUCGACGAAGCCAAACAACGAUUCUGGGCAGAAUUCCAUGGUUUUCCUUGCAAGAAACACUUGCCAAGUGCAGACCUGUACAUCGAUGCCAACAUUGAUUGGAAUCCGGAAAUUGAUCCAGAACUUGUCUCCGGAAUCCGGUCAUCAUCCGAUAAUGAAGGAAAAGAGGUUACUUUUAACAAAAGAAGGGCAGCAAACGAGGUUGUUAAAGAAAUCGACUACUUUUCAAUUCCAUUGGAUCAGAUUAAGGCAACUGGGUGGGACGAGUGAUGCUGCCCGACCGCAACACAGUUUGCCUGGAUAGCAAACAGCAGAGGGCCAACAUGAACAGCACUAGCCUUAAUUUGAAUUUGAAUUUACUAUUUAUUCUUUGUAAUAAAUAUUGCUCUUUCAGUCUAUCCAUUAACAACCAAAACUCAAGCAUAUAUAUUAAUCUUAACCAUUUCAACACUAAUCCUCCACUUAAUUUUCUAUUCCCCCUGUCAAACAAUGUCUUCGGAUAGAAAAUAUAUUUU